UAAUAAUGAUUUUGUUUUGUUCCAGUUAAAACAAGAUGGCGUUGCAGAGGUUGAUGCGGGUGCUACUCGUCUGCGUUGUGGGCUACACCAGCGCGUCCGUCGUAGACAAUACUAACUUUAGAACUCCUCGUCAGAACCCAGCGAAUAUCUUCACAGUCGGCAAUGGAGAACAGUGUCUCAGUGCUGACCGGACCACUGGGGGCGUCUGCCUGUCCCGGAACCAGUGCAACACUCAGGGAGGCAAGGCUAUUGGCUUCUGUGGAGUUUUCGCUACUUGCUGUUCAUUAAACGCGUGCGACGUCCGCACAAACACGAAGGUGGCUGUCUUCAUCAACCCCCCCCUCAACCACGAGUCCUCAGGCCUGGAGUGCUCCUACAACGUGGAGAUCAACAACAACAAUGUCUGCCAGAUGAGGAUCGACUUCGAAACCUUUAACCUGGCGCCACCUACCACUGUGGACCCAGUAGAGAACGUGACCCAGCGUCCCGGCUUCACGUGCAGGAACGACAUCUUCCAAGUGACCAACCUUCAGGCUAACUCUGACAUCCUACCUCCUCUGUGCGGUGAUAAUAAUGGACAGCAUUUAUAUGUAAGAGUAAACGCAUCUACCAACAGCAGAGCUAUUAGGAUCAACUUCAAGAUUGCUGACCGAGUCACUCAGCCUAACUUGCCACAAGCCACUUGGAAGAUUAAGGUCACCCAGCUGGAAUGCUUCAACACACUUGGAAAAUUCCGUGACGGUAUCUUGGAGUCAAUAACCCAGAGUUUGCCUUCAACUCCCUUCGGAGGAAGCUCAGCUGACAGAGACGAGUACCUUAUUGCGCCACCCGGUUGUCUGCAGUACUACCCGGAUCGGGCAGGAGCGUUUGAAUCGUUCAACUACAAUCGAGGUCAGGGCCCGUACAUAGGAAACCUCAUCUACUCCACGUGCUUCAAGAAGAGUCCGGAUGUUUGCGGUAUCAAAUUCACAGCAGCAACCUUCAACAUGGCAUACCGUGAUGAGACCAACAUCUACCUGGAUACUGACUGUCAGAUCAACCCGGUGACCAGAGGAACUCCUCAAUCUGAGGAUUACCUGUUCAUCCCUGAAGCGGAGACUGCUGAUGGAUUGAGAGGAUCCAAGUUCUGUGGGGCUAGUGCUGCUAACCAGAUUAUUGCUUCAACCCCCCCUGGACCUCUAUACGUGCACUUCAAGAGUGACAAUCUAGUGACAGACGGCAUACCCGAACAAGGAUACCGGUUCAGCUAUAAUGUACUUAAUAACUGCUUCGGUAGGAUCUAAAUUCCUUUGCACAUAACUUUGGAAGAAACAGACAUGCCAUUUUGAUUGCCAGUAUGAAAAUAUUGUUAAAAAAGUACUUUAAAAGCUUUUAUUUUUACUUGCAAUCGAUGUUAAGGAUUUUUUUAUUUAUUUUUGUGUUUUUUUUUCUGAAAUAAAUACUCAUGUAUUCUGAACUUCUUGCUGUCACUUUUGACAGCUGUCAAAGCAUUUAAAAUGGCCGCUUUGUGUGGCUUGAAGACUGUUUUAAUUUAUUUUACUGGAGUUUUGAUAAUUUGAGAUUAUUAUUUAUGUAUUUAUGUUUAAGAGAUAAUGCAUUUACUAGUUUGUUAAUGGAGGGCAUUUAAUUUGCAUUUAUAGACUUAAAUAAAUGAAAAUUAUAAAAAUUA